GUGCAGGAUAGGAGCGAGAGGCUGUACCGGCUUGGAGACCUGCAGGAGAGGAUGGAGAAGCUGGCUGGCUCCAAAACAGAUUUGUCAGCCAAAGUGGUCUUCAGUGAAGAGGAAAGACUGAAGAUUUCCAAAGACCUUGUUGAUCUGCAGAUCAAGACAAACAAAAUGAAGGAGCAGUAUGAGACGGAGAACUUUGAACUGAAAAAUAUGAUCCUGGCCCUGGAGAACCGUGUGCUGGAGCUGGAGCUCUGCAGCGAGAAAGUCACUGGGGAGCGAGAUGCCUUACGGGAACGCCUGCAUGCUCUGGAGAGCAGUCGGAAGGAGCUGGCGGAUGAGUACAUCAUUCUGAAAAGCAAUUACCUCGCCCUAGGCAAAGAACUGGAGCAGGAGGUCAUGAAGAAUGAAGAGCUCAGCCUAGAGCUGCUCAACCUGGCCAAUGCCAGGAGCACCCUUCCCCGCACAGAGAGCAACCGCGUCCCCGCCAUGGCCGAUGAAGCCUCUGCAACAACGGUGCGCCGUCUCUCGGCUCGGAAGGUGAAGCCAGAAGAUGUAGUUGCAUCUGAACACGAGCGGCAAAUGCUGGAGAGAAACUUGCUUGGAAACCAGGAUCACAUAAAAGCGGAGCUUGAAAAACUGAAGAAAACCUAUGAUUCGCAGCAGCAGAAGCUGGAAGAGAGAGUGAUCGCAAUGGGGAAGGAGCUGCAGGAGGCAAGGGGAGCGAUUGGGGACACCCAGCACAAGCUGGCACAGCAGUCAGCGGUGCUGCUCACCUCCCAGAGCCAGCUCCAAGAGGUGGAGGCAGAGAACUCCCGGCUGCAGCUCCGACUGAAGGAGCUGAACGAGGAAUAUCGCUCCCGGCUCGCUCAGUACAUCAAGGAUGUGGCGGACUACAUGGACAGCAAAUCCAGCAACGUAACGGGGCCUAGCAAAGCCCCAGCUGAUCAUGCUGACAUGAAACGCUUUGUGGACAGCAUGCUGAAGGAGAUCAGGGCUUCCUACAAGUCUCGGGAAGAGCAGCUAGCUGGAGCGGCACGUGGCUACAAGAAGCGCAUGAAGAACUUGGUCAAGAAGCACGAGAACCUGCUGAUUGCGUACGGGCUCCAGCGAGAACAGAUCCGGUCCUUGGGCAGCAGCAAUACGGAUUGCGGCCCUGCCGAGCUCCACUUUUCCAUCACAGACCCAGAGCUGCUGACAAACACAACCCGGGAGCUAAACCGUCUGCGGGAGGAGAAAGCAAAACUGGAGAUGCAGUUACAUGAAUUGCAGAAGGUGGUGGCUGGGCUGCUGGCUGGCUGUGGGGGUGAAACCGGGGGGCAGCUGGGUGAGGAGGGCUGGGCAGAGGUCAGGAAGCAGCUCCGGGAGUUCGCACGCACCACCCAGGAGGAUUUGGAGCAGGAGAGAAGCCAGCUGCUGACUCGGGCGGUCGUGGCAGAAGAGCAGGUGUCGGAGCUGCAGGAAUACAUAGAUAAGCAUCUUGCAAGGUACAAGCAGGAGAUCCUCCGGCUGAGGAAGCUCACCGGCAGCGAGGUGCCACGCGCGCUCAGUGCCGGGGCGGCCGAUACUCGCUGCCCAGAGCCAGAAGGGCCGUCAGCCACCAACCGUAGCUCUUCCCCCACGGCUCUGAGAAGCGGCACGAUCACAGGAAAGAGCAGGAUUUAA